AUUUAUUUUACGAUCACGGUAAAUGUGAAAAACAGCACCCGUAACCAUUUUUAUUGUUACAAAGAGAGAAUUAAUUUACGAUUAAUUCGAAUCGAUUGUUUUGUUCUCGAUUAACUCUAAAUUUAAAAAUUGAUAAUUGUCACAUCCCUAAUUAAAUGAAAAUAGCAUUUUUUUCUAAAUUAUUUAGGAUUUUUCCGUGUUUUGCAUUUCCCGUCUACAGAGUUGUAGUUCUCAGGAAUUUAGAAAUGGAAUUUAAUGUUGAAUCUGCCUAAUAACGUGAAAUAAAUUUGUACACGAGUGUAGAAAUUAUUUUGAUUGCUAUGUUAAACUUAUUUAUAUAUCUCUUGUGAUAAAACAUGUCUGAAUCAUAUGGUAAAUUAUCUUUCUUGUUUUUGUUUAAAAUUCUGUGUUUUUUUGUUUCACUGUAUUCAAUGCAAUGCUAAUUCUUGUUACAGAAUAUCUGUUCAAAUUUCUUGUGAUUGGUAGUGCUGGUACUGGGAAAUCGAGUCUUCUUAACAAUUUUAUUGGUAACAAAUUCAAGGAAGACAGAUGCCACACAAUUGGUGUUGAAUUUGGUUCUAAAAUUGUCAAUAUCGGUGGCAAAUCGACAAAAUUACAAAUAUGGGAUACAGCUGGUCAGGAGAGGUUUCGCUCUGUCACUCGAUCAUAUUACAGAGGUGCUGCUGGUGCGCUUCUUGUAUAUGAUAUUACCUCCCGUGACUCUUUCAACACUCUCUCAAAUUGGCUUAGGGAUGCGAGAACACUAGCCAGUCCUAAUAUAAUAAUUUUACUUGUCGGGAAUAAAAAAGAUAUGGAGGAGUCCCGAGAAGUGACAUUUACUGAGGCUAGUCAGUUUGCACAAGAAAAUGAGUUAAUGUUUCUUGAAACCAGUGCUAAAACAGGGGAGAAUGUUGAAGAAGCAUUUUUAAAAUGCUCUAAAACCAUUCUUGCAAAAAUAGAAACUGGAGAAUUGGACCCAGAGAGGAUAGGCUCUGGCAUUCAAUAUGGCACUGGUACAUCUAAAAGGUUGAGUGCACCAAAGAAACCGGCUCGAAUGACUCCUGAAUGUGCUUGUCGUGUUUAAAAAUACAUACACUGUUAUAAUUAUCUUAAAGUGUUAAAAUUAUUUAUAUAGGGAUUAUAUCAAUGUCAAAACUAUCAGGUUCGAUAAAUAUUGAAGGUUCCUCUGUGAUCUCUAAGAAUGAUGCUCUGUCACUAUUUUUGCAUGAAAUUAGUCUGUAUUCUUUGACAAAACCAAUACACAUUUAGAAAUAAUAUCAGCUCUUGUGACCAUACACCAACUUUUUGAAAAAGAUGUGUAAACCAAUAAUCAUUACUGAAUAUUUCAAAAUAAUUUAGAA